AUGACACCUAAGCCAACACUGUCGUCAAUCCAAGAGGCACGGGAUUCUUUGCUCAAGCUGGCCUUGCAAUACAGACGCGAUAUGACGAUGGCGCAAUCCAAAGCCUUGGGUAUCCGAUUCGACGCUUGGACGGAGGCGUUUGAUGAGUUUCGUAGGACCGUUGACCGGAACAGCCUGAACUCAACAGAGAAGCGGGCGUUUGCACUGUUAGAACUACACAAGCGAUACUUGUAUAUCAAUAUCGCGGCAUUGAAUCAAGCCGACCGUGAGGAUCCAUCGAUGUGGGAUUUGUGGACAGAUCAGUUCCGCGAAAUGGUCGAAUUUGCAACAGAGGCUGGCGGGCUUGAUGUUGCAGAUGCACCAGCUGAUAACCAACCGCAAUUUUAUAUGGAAAUUGGCAUACUGCCAGCACUUUUCUUCCUAAGUUCCAAAUGCCGAGACCCGGAAGUGCGACGGCGGGCGAUAGACAUCAUGGAGACCAACCAUAUUCAAGAAGGCAUAUGGAAUAGCAAGAUGGCGGCCAAGGUCGCUAAGAGAGUCAUUGCGCUCGAGGAAGGCGAGUUUAUUGUCAAGUCGAGCAACGACAUCGACGGUCUAGCUCGAGUGCGGCGAGUAGCGGUCCAUGCUGGUCCAGAAGUGGCUUAUCUGAAUGUAGGCUAUGAAUUGCACUGUGGCUGGGUACAAGAAGAGCUGGACUAA